AUGGGCGCGCAUUCCGUCAACCAGUUUUGCAAAUACCGGAUCAACCGUGACUGCGUCGAGGCUGGGGCCAUCAAAGACGGCGUUCGCGGCUGGUGCUGCAGAGUCAACCGGCUCCGGCGAGGGCCACCGACUCGGACUGAGGCUGACGAUGCCGGACAGCACGACGUGCCGGAGCUCCUCGUGGAGCUCGAGGAAUCGGGGGUCCACGGGGAGGUGGUCGGUCUCGCUCAUUGGUGCGUCCAUCUUAGUCUCGUAUGGGACAUCGAUAUGAUGCGGCCCAGAUAUGCGUCUGACAGUGGUGACCACGGCCUCGGGUUCCUCCUGCUCGUCGACGGUGGCAUGGGUGGGUUGAAUAGAGGUGGCUACGUGUUGCCACUCGGUGGGCCUGAUUCGAGCAUCCUGUAG